GCGCGCUGCGAAGGCGCGAAACCCGGGCGGACCGCUCACCACCGAGCCCGGCGGACCCGCCGCCUAGAGCGGCUCCGCGCAGCACAACGCAUGCGCAGAGCCCGCGGGCGGACUGAAGUACCAUAGAAAACAAGCCGCCCGAGGGCGCAGAGCGGCUUCCGGUGCAUGGCGGCGAUGCCGGAGCUCCGCUUCAAACGCGUCGUGUCCGUAACGAGCGCGGAUCCGCGCCACCCGGCGGAGAAUCUGCUGCAGCCGGAGCGCGGCGGGCGCUGGAGGGCGGGAAAGGCCGGGGAGAAGCGGAUCAGCGCCGAGCUGGAGCUGGAGGGGGAGGGGCCCAUCCACUCCGUUCACAUCGGCAACGACGGCUCCGCCUUCGUGGAGCUUCUGGUGGGGAAAGCGGCCGGCGGCGACUUCCAGGUGCUGCUGCCCACAGCCGCCUUCCUGUCGCCCAAUGAGAGCCGGGCGGGGGCGGAGCUUGGGCGGGUGCGGCUCUUCGGGCCCCAAUCGCUGGUGAGGGGUGUGGCCGAGGAGCGCUGGGACCGGAUCCGAUUGGUCUGCACCCAACCCUACUGCCAGACCCGCCCUUUCGGUCUCGCCUUCGUCCGGCUCUUCUCGUCCCCCGACGACGCCCCCGCCGGCCCCUCCCCCCCCAGCCGCCGCCUGGGUCCCUUCAAGCUCCGCGAGGGGGGGUCGAGCCCCCCCCGCCCCCCCGGAUCCCUGUUCUACCAGCGCCCCUCCCCCACCGCAGCCCCUCCCCCCCCGGCCCCACCUGGUCCCAGUUUCGCUGUCGCCGCCCUCGGAGGCUCCGCCCACAAGGCCGCCAAGCGUCGCCCGUCCCCCAAAACCAAUGGAAAAGCUUCAAAACUGCCCAAAACCGCCCGGACGCCUGGGUCCCCGUCCCGGACGCCUGGGUCCCCGUCCCGGACGCCUGGGUCCUCCCGGACGCCUGGGUCCUCCCGGACGCCUGGGUCCCCGUCCAGGACAGCUGGAUCCUCCCGGACGCCUGGGUCCCCUCCCCGGACGCCUGGGUCCUCCCGGACGCCUGGGUCCCCUCCCCGGACGCCUGGGUCCCCGUCGGGGGGCCCGAUCCUGGCGGGGGUGGUGCUGGUGCUGAGCGGGUUCCAGAACCCCCUGAGGAGCCAAUUGCGUGAGGCCGCGGCCGAGCUGGGCGCCGCCUACAGCCCUGAUUGGACGGCACGGAGCACCCACCUGGUGGCCGCGUUCCCCCGCACCCCAAAGCCGCGGCCGCUCGUUCCGGGGGGGGAUUCGUGGUGGACCCGCCUGGAUCUGGGACUGUCGGCGGCUGCAGCGGCGCCUCCAUGAGAGACCGUGAGAGCCCGGCCACGCCCACCCGGCCACGCCCACCCCAGGCUCCGCCCACCCUGUUCUUUCCCACCCCAUUCACUCCCACCCCACUCACUUCCAUUGGGCCCGUACAGUGGCGUCUAUUGAGGGUUAAUGGGAGGCCACGCCCAUCGGGGGGGUGGUCUGGGUAGGCUCCGCCCACCCCCCAGGCUCCGCCCACCCCCUUCACUCCCACCCCAUUUACUCCCAUUGGGACCCAUACAAAGGGGU